AUGGAGGGUCCUACUGCAGUCGACGUUCCUGUCGAUAUCAGCUCAAAUGAUGCGAAUGCGCGAAUGGUACAAGUUUUGUGUUGUUUGUGUGGAAUUUCCAUCACUCCCAACUCUGCAAAUACAUGCGCCAACUGUUUGGCAAGUUCAUCCGACAUUACAAAAGGCAUCAGCACUGAAUCGACUCUUCACCAGUGCAAAAGUUGCCAAAGAUGGCACAAGGAAGCUGGAAAAUGGAUGGCGUGUGACCUAGAAAGUCGGGAGCUGAUGGCGCUAUGCCUCGCCAACAUUAGCGGAUUGAAGUCUUCAAAGAAAAAUGAUCAACGUAUCCGCCUUAUCGAUGCAAAUUGGAUCUGGACAGAGCCACACUCCAUGAGACUGAAAGUUCGUUUGACAAUUCAGAAGGAGGUCCACACCGGUACUAUUCUUCAGCAGGCAUUUACGGUUGUUUUCGUAGUGAGGAACCAACAGUGCAUGGAAUGUCAAGCCGAAUACCGGCAGGGGUCUUGGAAGUCUCUGGUUCAAGUUCGCCAACGUGUUGCCCACAAGAGAACAUUCCUAUACCUUGAACAAUUGAUUCUAAAGCACGGUGCGCACCGUGGAUGCCUCAGCAUCGAAACAUUCGGUGACGGUAUGGAUUUUUAUUUCCCUGACAAGGGGAAAGCUGGACGAUUCAUCUCCUUUCUCGAGAAUUGUGUCCCAACCAAGAUCAAAACAUCCAAAAAGCUUAUCUCGACUGACGACAAAUCGAACAUUUCCAACUUCAAGUACACAAACUUUGUGGAGAUCUGUCCGUUGUGUAAAGACGAUCUUUUAUUCCUACCAGCAAAGACCGCCCGCAACCUUGGAAACAUUGCGCGUCUGGUCCUAGUGAAGAGCAUUUCAAAUCUCAUUAACUUGAUUGAUCCCUUGACGGGACAAACAGCUUCAAUGAACGUUGAGUCUUUCUGGGCUGACCCAAUCCGUCCUCUUAUCACAGCCGCUCGAUCGCGAAUGACGAGGUAUGUUGUUUUGGGAAAAGAACCAGUAUUCCUUCGAAGGAAUGUGUCAAAAAGAGCAACUUCCCGAAAACAAAGAACUCGUCUUGCAAAUCUAUCUUUGGCAAGAGAAAGUGAUCUUGGUGUCAACGACAAGCAAUUCGAUGAGCUAUCAUACGUUGGAUACCUCAUGAAGGCUGGGGAUGUGUGUGUUGGUUAUGAUUUGACAGAGACCCAGUUCGUUGACGACGAUGCUGAAGAAUUCAGAGCAGCAGGUAAAUUGCCAAAUGCCAUCAUUCUCCGCAAAUUGUACGGAGGUGUUGCGACUGGCGAAUCUGACGCAGCCAAGAAGAGAAUAUGGCGUCUACAGCGCCUCGAUGUUCAAGUUGCGGAAAGCAUGAAGAGUGCCAGAGCUCAGAAGCAAGAAGCAGAACAGGAGGAUAUGGAUGAAGAAGACUUUAUGAGAGAAGUCGAAGCAGACAAGGAAAUGAGAAAUCAAAUGAAUGUCUACAAGAGUGACGCACUUAAGCAGAAGAAGGAAGAGGAAGACGCUGCAAUGGAUAAUGAUGAGGAUAGCGAGGAUGACCAGGAAGUCCAAUUAGAAGAACUCCUUGAAAACCUUGUUGUGGACAGUGGGCCUGAUCCUGAAGACAAUCCUGAAAACCAAGAAGGAUUCGCCAGCUACGAAGAAGGCGAGAAGGCCGCCAAGGAUGGUAUCCGAUAUGUUGGCCGUGAAGAAGCUAGAAAUAUGAAAGAAAAGGAGUCUGCUGUUCCAACAAAAGCUUUCAGCGACGAGUAUGACCUAUCGGAUUUGUAA